GGUUCCCUCAGGUUUCCCGUGAGUCCUCCCACCCUAACGCGCAUGCGCAGCAACUUGGUUGACGUCACAAGACAUCCCUCCAAUCAGCUUGGAUCUUAGAGCAGCGUGUGGCUAUGAUUUAGGAGCCUUCCUCUCCUCCGAUAAAUCUGUCAGAACUUCACUAAUAUGAUUUAACUGAAUUUCACAUCGUUAUGAAAAUACUUGUGGAUUCAUCAGGUGACAGUGAAAUUGUGUCUUAUCAACUUGAGGAUAAUAUUCGUCUCGUCUUUUUUUUCUUCUUCUUCCUGCAGGAUUUCAAGACGAUGGAUUGUAAGACGCUUUUUUAAAAAUUUUAUUUAUUUUUUGAGUAACAUCUUAAGAACUGGUAAUGAGCAUGUAUAUCUCAACAGAUUAUUUAUUACGUGUUCAACCUCACGUAGAAAUGCAGUUUGUUUGUUGUUGUUUAACUUUUAUAUAGUUCUUUCAUAGAAUUUAUGUAGAAGUAUCGUGGAAUGGGAACCACUCCACGAUAAAAUAAACUUUACGAAUUGUAUUAGUCAGACAUCUUUGUUUUCAUUUAUAUUUGUGUUGUAGUGACAAUGGAUUCGUAGGAGUGGUUUAUGAAUAGAAAUUCUGUAUGCAAUUGAAAAGUAUAUUAUAGUACUACUAAUACAAAAACUAAAAUAGCUUUUUCCACAAUAAUUGUGUGAUCAAAGCAGACUUUUCAUCAUUUAGUACUAUGACGUUUGAACAGCAGGUGUCGCAUUUGAGCUACGUAGACUAUUUCUAGCCAGCAGCCAAAAAUAAAAGGGAAAAAAAUUGGAGCUGGAAGCCAAGUACUGUAGUUUCAAAUUAUCACAUUCUAAUGACGUUCAUAAAUCUUUCUUAAAGAUCUACUGGUUUAGGAACAAGUUUACUUAAUAAAACCUGUAGCUGGAAGCCAGAUAGUUCAAAGUAAAUACAAACUAAUUUGAUGAUGUUAACAUUUGGCCACAAAUUAGAAGUUUGUGAAAAUAAUCACUUGUUUAACAUUUGUAUUGUAAACUUAAUGAGUUAUCUGAAUAUGUGGAGUCCAUUUUAUAGGUAGUAUUAAUUUCAUUAUUAAGUUUUUGAAUUGUUCAAGUUUUAAAAAAAAGUUAUGAGGAGAAAGGCUUACCUUUGAACUCUAGUUAGGCCAUAAUUAUUGCUUUGGGUGUGAAAACUAUUGUGUUUAGCACUGCCGAGCUUAAAGGUUCCGUGUAAGAAAGGUUAACAUGAUAACCUCUGAACUUUGGUUCGACAAUGAGUUUGAACGAGGCUGAUUGGAAUGGUCAGUUGUGGUGCAAAUUUGACAACAAAUAUAUUUAAAGCAGACAAGACUUUGGGUCAAGUGGUUGGCAUGUCUGCUUCAGAGGUUUGGGGUUCAAAUUUCGACUCUGGCCUCCUUGGGUGUUUACAUGUGCUUGUGUGUUUGUUGUUGUUGAUUAAAUCUGGGUUCUCUGACGUCAGAGUUAAGGCUUGUUUUGUUUUUCACACUCACUGGGAUUUAUCGGCAACCAGUCAUGGGUGCACCCUUUUUACCCAAUCUGAACUAGGAUAGGAUCCCGAACACCCAAUGAGGACAUGCUGUAUAGAAAACAUGGACGGGUGAAUGAAUUUGAAACGAAAAUACAAGUCACAUGAGCUGAUGUAAUGAUGUUCAACUCUGAAAACAAGUUUACCAAGUCCAUACUGUAAUUAUAACGUUUACCAGCAGGCUAUACAUAGCACAAAAACAGGUCAGUAGCACAAACUGUCCUAGACAGACAUAUGAUUCCGGCGAGUGCAACCUAACUACGAUGUUGAAACCUGUCAAGAGUAAUACAGCAGCCCGUAAACAGUGCUAUUUUUGGAAAAACAAAGGGCAUAACAAAAUACAAUAGCAAUUUAGUCAGUGAAUUAACUUUAUUUAGAACUAUGAAGCAGCAUAACUGUUUCCAUUUGUGGUUUUUCCUUUUUUUUUUAUUUGAAUAUUUGUAGUUUUGAGGGCAGGCGCAAAACCAGGAAGUUCCUUUAAUAAAGAAGCAAUACCAUUGGUUACAAAUAUGACAAGCAGCCGUAUUACCCAAUCAGCACUUGUUAUAGUCAACGCGCUUGCCCAAUCUUCAACAGUUAUGCAAAUUGCUUCGAAGUUCUUUCUCGGGGAGCACUCUUUGGUUCUCCGCAUUGAGCUUCACUCACAUCGCUUUACGUAACAUAAAUGACGUCUUUGGGCUUUGAACAUUAAAACGACGAGCCGUCUACUACAAGGGAUUGAAAGGUAGCGUGUUUCGCUAUGUUUGUUCCAAGAGGUUUACGGUAAUUGGUCAUAAAGCUGUUAGCUUAGCACCUAGCACAGCGUUUGCUAUACCCGACGAGUUCGCCGGUACAGGCGGACCUCUUUGUCUGACAGGGGAAGGCGUGCUCUUUGUUAGGCUUUCCUUUUGUCCACUCGUGAAAAAAGAGGAACUGUUAGGCCAGCGUUACGUAUUCACCCACCGUGCCAACGUAUUUAGAAAAUGCAAGUCGCGAAAAAAUACUUCACAGAAGGCCUGAUUCAGUUGACCAUCUUGCUCAGUUUGAUUGGAGUUCGCGUGGACAUCGACAGCUACCUAAGCGGCUACUAUUCGCCUCUCAUUGAGAUUAACUUGGGUCCUAGCUCAGCCUACACCCAGACACCCUUCCAUAAUUUGAGAGACACUCUCGGGGGGUACGCCGUGCACCCCAAAUGCCCCGAGUUGGACUAUUUCUUUGCGAGUCGCCGGCUUCUAGAGGAGGUUAGGACUCUCGGUUCUCCGCGGUUCCCCACGCAGCUCAACGCAUGGCUGGUGCACCAAGUGUCGCCUGUCGACAAGUCUGACAGUGGGCAGCCUUCAUCUAGCGGCAGCACAAACACCGAACCAGACACAGAGAGCUCAGAGUACCAAAGCAACGAUGAAAGGAACCAGGAACUGCAGCAAACAUCUUCAUCUGGGCCAUGUGUCAGCAGGCUUGUAAAAGAGGAGGAUGAUUUCGUUAAAGAGGAAGAGGAAUCUGCUCCUGUCACUCAAUUGGCACUUAGUUCCACUUUGGAACAAGAGAGUGCGCUCGAUGGCAUCGGCACGCUAUGCGAGCCAACGUGUCACCCACCCGCCUCGACUGACUUUGACCAGCACUGGAGCAGUUUCCUCUCCAUGCCCGUAUCUAACCUUGACGACAUGGACUCCCUCGUUACUGAACGCCUGUCUGACCUGGACAUGGACGGCGGUAUCAGCCUGGAUACCACUUUGCUGGACGCCAUGGUUAAUGGCGGUGGGACAUUCGACGCAAGGCAACAAAGGCCGUUGUUCCGCCAGGAGUCCACCGGUUCAUCCUGCUCAAGCGCCUCGCCGGGGAUGGCGCUAGGCCUGGCCGCGCUCCCCUUCGCCUCAGUGUGUAACUUAAAUGGCGGCACGUCAUCGCGAAGUACACUGGGCGACUGCCUGGACGAGGCCGUGUUUGACGAGAUAAAUCAACUAGGAUUGGAGGGUUUGGAAAGUAUGGACUCCCAGCUGAUGGGCUCUUUGGGAAGCAUAAAUCCAGAGUUCCUCGAAGAUUUGGACUCGGACUCUGGGCUCUCGCUGGAGAGCAGUUCUGGAGGUCCAGUCUCCCCAGGCUCGUCCGAAAUGUCCUCUUCAUCCAGUUCAUACUGCGAAGAUGAGUGUGGAGCCACAGGUUACAGCAGCGAGGCGGAAUCGCCGCCCCCGAAAGGCAUUCCAGAUCACAGCACCGCGUGGCCCCGCAUGGAUCUUGGCGAAAGCGUGUGGCACGAUCACAGCUACUCAUCUUCGGCAUUCUUCAACCCACAGCCGGUCACGCUUCCACACAAGGGUAUUAAGAAGGAACCACUAAGCGAAGACGAAGGCCCCGGUUGCGAAGAGCGAGAGAUGAGUCGCGACGAACUGCGCGCCCGCGCUAUGUGCAUCCCGUUUUCUGUCCUGGAGAUCGUCAACAUGCCCGUAGAGGAGUUCCUGGAGAUCGUGGACGGGCACGGCUUCUCCCCCGAACAGGUGACGCUCCUCAGGGACAUCCGGCGGCGGGGAAAGAACAAGCUAGCGGCGCAGAAUUGCCGAAAACGCAAACUGGACGCCAUCACGGGGCUCCAGGAGGAAGUGGACCGGCUCCACGCCCAAAGAGACAGAUUGCUGAGGGAAAAACAGAUCACGGCCAAGACCAUGGGCGCUGUCGGGCAGCAGAUACGACAGCUCACCAGAGACGUCCUGGCUCGCCUCAGAGAUGAUUCGGGACAACCCCUCAACCCGGACCUGUUCACCCUGCAGUGCGGGGCCAACGGGAGGGUGGUCGUUCAGCCUGUGAGAAGGCCCGCCGUCUCCUCGAGCGGCAAUAAAACGGACAAAAGGAAGAAAGGCAAAAAGCAGUGAUGCAGUAUUUCUUCCUCUAACCUCAACAUGAACUUUCUUGCCUUCCUCUGGCUGCGGGAGCUCCUCACCAAGGUGUGUGUGUGUCAAACCACUGCUGUCGGGAGUUAAAAACAGCCAAAGCUGCCAAAAAAAGGAGAAACUCGCAAAAAGAGUAAAUUAAAAAUGACUCGUGGGGGACGUAGCUUACACACUGGACAUCCUUCUUUGUCAUGGACACUAUGUGAUGCAACCACUCGCUUUCCGUGCCUGCAAACAACCUUUUAACUCUUUAACUGCCAUUGACAGCGAUAGACGUCCAAUUCAUUUUGAUUCUGAGGGUUGGCAGCAAUCAAUCGACGCUAGCCUCUCCCACUCAAAAUGAAUUAGACGUAUAUCGCCAUCAAUGGUAGCCAGUGAGUUGAUCUUACAUGUCAGCAUGGAUGGCCAGCUGUUUGUUUUAAUGUGCACCUAUAAUCCAGAACGGGUGCUUAAAGGCUGUAUUUAUUAAACAAUUAUGAAUUAUGGCGACUGUGUCCUAAAAAGUGGGAAAUUACAUAUCUGAAGUUUACAGAUUCAUUUCACAUUUUUGGGGGGGAUUGUGCUGAAUUAAAGUUUAAAUUAAGAGAGCUUGUGUGUCUUGAUGACAAAAGUAUACCAAUGGUUAAACUGACAAAGCCUUAAGUUACAUUUAUUGGUUAAUUAAUCAUGAAUUGGUUUCAAGCACAAUUUGUCUAUUUAGAGAUUCAGCAAGAUUUCCUACCUCUCACACUUGGGUUUUAUUAUCAUUUAAAAAAAAAAAAAUUUUUAAUUGAAUAAGUGCACUCAUGGACCUAAACCAUCACAUUAAAAAUACAAUCAUGUAUGUUUGGCACCGUUUAAAAAGUAGUUGGGUUUGCUGUGUUUUUUUCUAAAUGAAGAUGCUCUAUUAAUACAGAGACAUGCACAAAGUAGGUCAUGAAGUUUUUUCUUUUCUAGUUCCACAUUUUUAUUUAUCUGGUUUGACCAAGUGUUUACUUCUUACUUUACUCAGCGUAAAUGUCCUUAUCUCUCCUCUCUGUUGUCGCUGGGCAGAUGUUUUGGAUUGCAUGGUGUUGGAUGUGAUAGUAUGCUUUCUGCUUGGGGACUUGAGGAUGCUUUCUGACAUUAUUCUUUCUGAUUAAAAAUAUAAACCAUACACAUGGUUUUUGGAGCAUUUUAUAUAUUGUGAAUCGCUAAAAAAUUCAGAAGACCUACCAAAAUGAAUGGCCCCGAGUUUUUAGGUGUCAAGAAAUUAAACGAGGUGACUUAUUUUAAAGCAACAG